GCUAGCGUAGCGUCUCUAGCCUAUAUAACUCACCGGGUUCAGGAUUUUCCGUGUCCUGACGUGUGGCCUUUUCCGACGCAGCCCAACAACGACGUGUUCGAUGACGACUUGGACGGUCAGGGGGCCGGCCCCCCCUGGCCCUCCCUGUCCUCUGAGCGUCAGGAGUAUAUGAACCUGGCAGCUGUGCCCCGCCUCUCCAGGCUGACCCAGAGCCGGCAGAGUCCUUCGCCCGGCGAUAAACACACCCCAGAGCAGCGCUCCUUCCGGGACCGGCAGAAAUACUUUGAGAUCGACGUGAAGCAGCAGACUCCAGACAAACCCAAACCCCGCGUUUCCCUCGUCGGAGAGGACGACCUCAAGAAGAUGCGAGAAGAAGAAGAGAGGAGAUUUGAGCAGCGGGCGCGAGAAUACCUGCUGGACGAGGAGGAGGACGAGGAUGAAGAGGAGGACCUGGCCAAGCAGGUGGCGCAGAUGAAGGCGACGGGGAAGGUGUUACUGGAUGGAGUGGAGUAUAAGGUGGAGCCGGUGUCCCCGCCGCCUCAGCACGGCUCCACGGCAGCGAACUACAGCUUCACCCCGCCGAGCCACCACGGCGGCGGC